AAUAGCAAAGGUCAAGCAAGUUGUAUUUUUUGGUUGUAAUUCUCCACCGGCUACCGCCAUUACAGACCCAAACACGACCCAACGUUACCGGCCACGUCCUUCUCGUCCUUCCUUCACUGCUUCUAUCUGCAAUUUCUCUUCCUUUCGACUCUUUUUUAUUUUCCUUUGCUAGUUUGUAUUGCUUAAUUCAUUCACAUCCCAUACUUAUAUUUUUUUAAUUUUUUUUUGCUGUUUGAUCUCAAUUUUUUCUUCUCUGCUAUUUUCCUCUCUUCGUUUCCCGAUCUCUCCAGUCGCGUUUUUAGUUGCGGCUCUUCGAUUGAAGGAUGUUAUGUAAUGAUGAAUAACGGAGCUAAUACGCAGACUUUAUCUCCUGUGGACCCGAAUUCGCUUGAAGGUCGAUAUGUUGUUGAUACAAGCCAACCACAGUCAUUUUCAUAUCUUCCAUCGACAACUGGGUCUGAAGCUGCUUCAUGGACCAUGCAUAGGGUAGAUAAUUGCUCCACAGAAUCCGCUUAUCACUAUGAUCAUCAAACAGAGCCAUCUUCAAAAAAUGUUCAACAUGGCCUGAAUGCAACAUUUCUUGCUAGUUCAUCAACUUUGGGGACAUAAAGUACCUCACAGGACUGUAGUAGCUAUGCUUCAUACACAAAUCCUACAGAUCCAUAUGGUUAUGCAAACACAGGAUAUCCAGGUUACUAUAACGGGUAUCAACAGCAACCUAACCAUUCAUACUCACAGCAGCAACCUAAUUAUGCAUACUCUCAGCAGCAACCUAACCAUGCAUACUCUCAGCCUCUAGGAGCAAAUCAAAAUACAGGUGCUCCUUAUCAGCCUCUUUCCUCAUUUCAGAAUACAGGGUCUUAUGCUGGGACUCCAAGUUAUCCAGCUACUUAUUACAAUCCUGGUGAUUAUCAGACAGUUGGAGCUUACCCAAGUAGCGGAUACAGUAAGCAGACUACUAUGUGGAGUGAUGGCAAUUAUGCAAACUAUACAACUCAUCAGUGCUCAAACUACACUGCAGACACAGGAAGUUCGUAUAACUCUGGUACUACAGCUGCAACUUCAGUAAAUUACCAACAACAAUGCAAGCAAUGGGCAGAUUAUUACAAUCAAACAGAAGUUACUUUUGCUCCUGGGACAGAACAUUUGUCCGUUGCUAGUACAUCUAACCAGGUGAAUUCAGUUCCUGGUGUUACUACUGGGUACCCAGAUUCCAGCAGUCAGCCUCCCUCAUCUUUUACCCCAUCCUGGAGGCCAGAAUCCACUUCAUCUGAGUUUUCAUCUUUGCAGGGUGGUCCAUCUACUAGUGGUAAUCAUGAUAACUACUGGAAGCAAGGGGUGGCAAGUUUUCAAAAUCAUCAUGCUAGUCCUAUGCAACCACAUUUUCAAACAUCUUUGGAUUCAAUAACUUCUUAUGAUAAUUUUCAAGAACAACAAAAGAUUGUUCAAGAAGGUCCUAAUUCACAAUAUGCUCCUGCUCAUCAUGUGCUCCAGAAUCAAACUCUGGCACAAACAGUUGCAUCACUUGAUACGCAAAGGGUAAGCAAAUUGCAGAUUCCAACAAAUCCUAGAAUUGCUUCAAAUUUGGCUUUGGGUUUAUCAAAAACCGAUAAGGAUAGCUCUGCAACUGGUGCAGCAGCAAAACCUGCUUAUAUUGCUGUCUCAAUGCCAAAGCCAAAUGACAAAGUGUUGUCUAAUGAUGCGGCUGAUUCCAUACUGAAGCCUGGCAUGUUCCCAAAUUCAUUAUGGUUUUAUGUAGAAAGGGCUUUAAAACGUUGUCAAGAUCACUGUAAAAGUGAUCCACAAAUGGCAGCUUGUCAGGCUGUUAUGAAGGAGAUUAUUACUAAGGCAACUGCUGAUGGUACACUUCACACUCGAGACUGGGAUACUGAGCCUCUUUUUCCAUUACCGAACCCUGAUUUUGCCAACAAGGAGAGCUCACAGUCUUCAAUUCCUCUUCUGUCAUUAAUGAAGUACAAGAGUCCAAGCAAACGAUCCAAAAGUAGGUGGGAGCCUUUACCUGAGGAGAACUUGGUUGAAAAAACUGUUACUGUCAGUAAUGAUGAUGUAAAAUAUGGUGGUUGGGAUGGAAAGCCUUUUAUUGGGAAUUCUGAGAGCAAGGUUGAUGCUUUCAGUGACCUCAAGUUCUCUUUAUCGGAGCAGAAAACUCUGAGUAAGGGUUCCCAGAGGCCACUCAAGAAGCAGCGUAUUGCUGAUGCUUUUAAUAGUGCCGAAAAUGGCAAUGCAUCAAGUGAUAGUGAUAAGGAACAAAGUUUAGCAGCUUAUUAUUCUGGUGCAAUAGCGCUUGCAAAUUCACCUGAGGAAAAAAAGAAACGUGAAAAUCGCUCUAAGCGUUUUGAAAAAGUACAAGGGCAUCAAUCAGAAAUUAAUUACUUCAAACCAAAAAAUGCUGGAGCUGGAAACCUGUACAGUAAACGGGCUAGUGCCUUGAUGCUUUGCAAAAACUUUGAUGAUGGUGGAAGCAGGGCUGUUGAAGACAUUGACUGGGAUGCACUAACUGUUAAAGGGACCUGCCAGGAAAUUGAGAAACGUUAUUUGCGACUCACUUCUGCACCUGAUCCUUCCACUGUGAGACCAGAAGAAGUGCUAGAGAAAGCUCUGCUUAUGGUUCAAAUUUCUCAGAAGAACUACCUUUAUAAAUGUGAUCAAUUGAAGUCUAUUCGCCAAGAUCUAACCGUACAACGAAUAAAAAAUCAGCUAACAGUUAAGGUGUAUGAAACUCAUGCUCGGUUAGCAAUGGAAGUAGGGGACUUGCCUGAGUAUAAUCAGUGCCAAUCACAGUUAAAAACCCUCUAUGAUGAAGGAAUCGAAGGAUGCUGCAUGGAAUUUGCAGCGUACAACUUACUUUGUGUUAUUUUGCACUCUAAUAACAACAGAGACCUUGUAUCAUCAAUGUCAAGUGUUGUUAAAGGCGUUGGGCGAGGUGAGGCGACCCUCUAGCGCCUUGCUUGGCUGUGCCUCGCUUGAAUUAUGUGAGUCGACUGUCCCAGAGAGAAAGGCGAGAGGUGACAGAGGCGAUGCCUUUUUCAUAUCAUGUUUAGGGCUGAGCACAAUACGGUUCAAACCGAAAAACCGAACCGAACCGAUUCAAUUCGGUUCAAUCGGUUCGGUUUUAAAAGUUAAUCGGUUCGGUUCGGUUUUAAUUUAUAAAAAUUUCGGUUAUUUCGGUUCGGUUAGGUUUUGAAGAGAAAAAAUCGAACCGAACCGAAUAGUGAUUUAUAUAGUCAAAUCGAACUAAAUCGAACCGAAUCGAUUUUUGAAUUAAUUUAUUUUUAUGGAAAAUUUAUGAAUUAUAUUUAAUUUUAUAUAUAUUAAUUAUUUAAUUUCAUUGAUUAA